AUGGGAUCUGUGGGGGGUUUUCAUGUCAAUUAUGGGAACAAUCUCUCUUCAUUAUGGUAUGGAGAAGCCGAUGUUUUCAUGGGGAUUCCAUUUGCUGAGCCUCCUGUUGGGGAAAAACGAUUUCAAAUGCCAGUGCCAAUAAUGGAAUAUCCGAAUCGACGCGUGAAUGCAACAAAAUUUAAAGCUGCCUGUGUUCAACCAGAUAUGUCGGCUUGUUCUGUGCAAAGUGAGGAUUGUCUUUAUCUCAAUGUCAUCACUCCAAAUGCAAACGCAGUACACAAAUACCCGGUAAUGGUGUGGAUUCACGGGGGAUCGUUCACCGGGGGAUGUGCCGCACAAUUCCCUGUUAAAGGUAUUGUGCGAAAUCUUGUCUCCCGUGGAGUGGUUGUUGUGACAAUUCAAUAUCGCCUAAAUAUCCCCGGUUUUUUCACGACAAGCACCGAUGAGUUCCCGGCAAAUCGGGGAAUGCUCGAUCAAGUCGAAGCUCUGAGAUGGGUUCAAAAUAACAUUGAUUAUUUUGGCGGAAAUCCGUAUUCGGUGACGAUCUUUGGCCAAUCGGCUGGCAGUAUUUCCGUCUCCGCGCACACUUAUUCACCACUGAGUCAAGGUUUAUUUCAGCAGGGAAUCAUGGAAUCGGGUGCUCUUUUCACUUCAUUAGAGGGAUCACUUGGAACACUCAAUAUGAGUCAAGAUAGAGCGUUUCAACUUUGCAACUUCACCGAUCAACAAUGGAACAACGGGGAUUUCGCCGAUUUGAAAAGCUGCAUGGAGAAAACUGAGCCGAGUGCUUGGGUCAAUAUGGAUAAGGGAACUUUAUUCGGUUGGCGACUUUUGUUGGAUAAAUGUUAUUUGCCGGAUACACCCGAAAAACUGAACAAAAAGAGGCCAAUGAUUCCGAUGAUUAUUGGGAAUAUGAGAGAUGAAUUCGCGAGUACAUGGUAUUACCAAAUGAGUGAAGAGGGGAUUCCAUUCGAAUAUUUCUCCGCAAAUUUCGUUAAAUUGGUUUUUGAUGCAUGGGGAACAAUUUAUGGCGAUAGAAUUGAUGAUGUUUGGAAUAUCGUGAAGAAGAGUUACGUGGCAAAAGGGACAAAUGAUAGCGAUGCGGCUGCAUGGUGGAUAGACAGUUGUACGUUUUUCACGGCUGCCUCUUUUGCUCAAUUCGCCGUCCAAGAUGCGAUAAUGUACAGUGCAGCGGGGAAUAAAGAGAUCUAUCUUUAUGAGCAAACGUAUGGCUCGAGAAUCUCACAUUCAGAACAAGCCGAUGAAGUGACCAAGAAAUUGGGAGGAUAUAGACCAGUUCCCCAUUCGACCGAACUUCCCUAUGUUUUUAUGUACGAUGGUGUCUGGGAGUCGGCCAUUUCACAAAAUCGAACACAACCAUUCGAUUUCGAAUUAGCCGAUUGGUAUGGGAAAAUGUGGACGAAUUUUGCGCAGUAUGGUCGACCAACUCUGACUGAAGAAUGGAAAUCGGUGGAAUCCCCGUCGAAUCUUUGGCAUUUCAACAUUGAGAAUCCAGAAAUGAAUGGAAUGAAAAUGUUGAAAGGAUAUCGAGAUAUCGAUCUGAUCGUUUUCACUAAUGCAAUCUCGAAAUUGAUCGAAACUUCUCCUCCAACAUUUGAUCGAGAAAAAUUGCAAAAAGCAAAGGAAUCCUUGAUGAGAUUAAAGGUU